AUAUUUUGUUAUUGACUCUUUUACCUUUGCACUUACCACUGGACUGCACCACUGGGCAUGAAAAACGAUGCGGCUGAGGAAGCUGCCCUGGGUCUUCUAGGUCUCCAUGCAAACGGCGCCGACUAUCAUCGUCCCUCACCGACGAUCCCCCUCAAACGAAAGCCUUCAACGGCCUUUGCUCAACCUCGCCCUCUCGACAAUAACAACAACAACAAGACCUCUUCCUCUUCUACCUCUUCCGACGCCAUACGAUGCAUAUGUGGCUUCGACUACGAUGACGGUUUCUCCGUCGCCUGCGAUGUCUGUGGCCGCUGGGUUCACGCGGCGUGUUUUGACAUUGUCGACGGAAAGGUUCCUGAAGAGUUCCGGUGUUGGGUAUGUGACCCUCGACCGGUGAACAGGGAGAAGGCAGUCAAGGUGCAGAAGGCGAGGCUGAGACACAUACAGGCGCAAGGGGCAGAUGUCGAGGUCGAGAAGCAGAGGCGCAGGGCCAGCCCCGGUGUUGAAAGGAAAGGUCGACGGACGAGCGCGACGGUCUCGAAUAGCGACGGCAAUGCCCAUACCAAUGCCAAACGCAAACGAAGAGUAUCUAUCACCGCUGCCCCGAUACUACACCAGAUUACAGAGGACGAGCACAUCGACAUUGAUGAGCCUUCUGCUCACAGCUACGUCCAUAUUGACCACGACGAUAUCCCCCAUCAACAGACACGAGAUCGACUGAAACGGCUUGCCCAACAUUGGCGAGGAGUGACUGCUCUUGACGGACCAACGUCGCCAGUCUACAUUGACCCCGACGCUCUACCACUCCAUCCACAUACUGCUCUACGUCCAAUUCCCUCUUCUUCGCUUUCGCAUUCUACCCUAUCACUUCAUAGUAAUCCUUCCAUACGACCACCAGCCUAUUCCGUCCACACCACCCAACCUAUCCCUUCUCAUACUCUUAUCGCGCCUUAUAUUUCCACUAUUGUUCCGUCUACUCAUUACCUCUCUGAUCCCCUCAACUCCUAUGCCCAUCUCAGCAUGCCCAAGCCAUUUGUCCACCUCUUGGGUCCUCCCCUCGAUGUCGCAUUGGACGCAAGGACUACAGGUCAGGAAACCCGUUAUGUUCGCAAUGGGUGUCGACCAAACGCUGUCCUUCGUCCCGUCUUGUGCAACAGGAACCCUCAUUCUUCCGACGAUCGAACCUCAAACGCUGACUUGGCGGAAACACUGACUUUUGGCGUAUUCGCUCUUCGCGAUCUCAAGGCUCAAGAGGAAGUUAUUCUCGGUUGGGAGUGGGAUGAUGGCAGCGUGAUACAUCAACUGCCAGCAUUGAUUAACAGUCCUCACCUAUUCGCUCCAUACAGGUUCGAACAAUUUCGCAAUCAAAUGACCUCCAUGCUCCAUGCCAUAUCUUCUACCUUUACUACCUGUGCUUGCGGAACCAGAGCCAAGGACUGUGCUCUCAGUCGACUUGCCGAGUUUGUUGAUGGUCAAAUACCACCUUUACUGCCAUCAUCCUUCCAUCGAGAUCAAGAGGGAAGGGAGUCAAACAGAGAGGACGAGAGGAUGCAGGUCGAUUUGGGUCCACUUGUCAGUGUCGAGAGAGGCUUCAGGACGAGGGAACGUGAGCCUAUGUCGGGUGGCAUGAGAGGCGUUGAGAUGGUGAAUGGGUACCAUGAGUCGUUGGAUUGGAUGGAAUCCCCAGGAGCUGGACCAUCCAGGCUUCCUUAUAGCGGUACGCGAGUUGCAGAUCCGAAGGGAAAGGCUCGAGCGUCGGAGGACGAUAUUGAGAGGGAACUGCUGACCGAGCGUCGGAUAAAGUCGAAAUCGCCAUUAGCUGACCUGCCAAUUUCGUCUGCCCACGAUCCGUUACGACACGGUCGCACUGAUCAGAAACUACCUUCGCCACAGUCAAAUACAAGGAAGCGACCAAAUCCUCUACCGUUGGAUGAGAAUAGCCUACCACCCAAGCUGAGGAAGACGUGGAUAAGAAGGAAGGCGAAGGUGUUAAAAGAGAAAUAUGGGUCUAGUUGGGAUGAGAAUGACAGGACGAUUCAGGAUAGUGGAGGUGGCGUACUAGCGGAAGAGGAUACAAGGAUGAAUAUCGACGAUCCUAUCAUGACACCCUCUGCUGCCACUCCAUCCUCGACAAACUCGAAACCUGUCUCAGCAUCUUAUGCUUCCACUACUGAGACGCCAUAUCCUACCUCACCUUUCGCCAACCUCUCCCUACGCUCACCUGCCUUUGCUGGACCCUCCAGCUACUUUGCUACACAACCAUCCAAGUCGCCAGAAGAAGCAUCCGAGACUACACAGGAUGUACAAGUACUCGAUGAAGUCCGUGCUCCACCGUUACCCACUGUCCCUGAAGCACCCGAAGGAGAAGGCGAAGACGAACCAAUGAACAUUGACUCUUCACCGGACGUUCCUGAACAUAGGCCGGUUGAACCUAACACCGUUGAACCCUCAAUACCACUGGAAACGAGGGACAUGAAUACCACCACAGAAGCCUCGACCGAUGGUAUAGUUGACAAUAUAUCCAUCUCGGAACCUAUCACAAUUGCGGCGGAUGAGAAACCACCUGCUAGUCCACCUCCUGUUGACAUCGAUGUCCCGAUGCCAAAUGGACCCGUUGAGCAGGGCACAGAUGAGACGUCCAAUCGAGCUGAGCCAGAGAUCCAUCCUUCACCUUUUCCGCCGCCUCCUUCAUCCAUCAUUAUUUCUCCACCGAUCGAGCCACCCCAAGAGAUUCCUGCUAAUGUGUCUAGUCUUCCUGUCGGCGAACCUAUUACGGACAGUUUGAAGUCACCCCCUUCUGCUGCUACUCCAUCACCCUCUCCUUCCCAAGCCGCACUACCGCACCCUCCGCAGAAGGUCAAAUUGUCGCUAAAGGACUUUGCUCUGAGGAAGAAGAAGAAGAGGGAGGAGGAAGAGUCGAGACCUCCUCCUCCCCCUCCACCGCUGCCGCCUCCACCUGUGGAAUCACAAAUGGAGUCAACGUCAGAACCGGGAUCUGCCCCGACUGGACUUGCGCCUUCGUCUACAUCACCGCCGACCGAGCAAAAGUCAGUGUCAGGGACGAAUGGCGACGAAGUACAGAAGGCGUCGACAUCGGUGACUCCAUCAGCGCACUCUUAUGAGCCACAGCUUAGCGACGUGAAGCGUUCGUCUGAGGGCCAGGUCAUGAACGUUGACGCACUCUCUUCCCACGAGCAGUCCAGCGAAGAGCAGUCUAACCUCUCUCCUGGUGCCGCUUUCAAUGGUAGUGAGGCUCAUGCUGUCGAAAUGGGAUCAACAUCACGGGGUCCUCCUCGGAAAGCUUCCCUGUUGAAUGGUACCAGCACCAUCGACUAUCGAUCUAUAGUUUCCUAUCAGGCGAAGGUGGAGCUUACUGAUGUAUUCUCGGACGUCCUGCCAGGUUCGAAGAACCACUCACGGUCACCGCAAGAUGUUUCAACUAGUACAACAUAUGUCCCAGACCAUGUCGUUCAGCAGUCGUCCCCGGCACCCUCCAUGCCACCGCCAAUUGCCACUGUCCCACUGGCCCGUCAACCAUCGCAGCAGUCCCAGGAAGAUGGGGAGAUUCUGAGCCCACCACCUCCGAAACCUCCACCGCUUGCCGCACGUCCACAUACUCCUCCACCUGCUCAACCACCCACCCAACCUCGAUCAUUCCACACGCCAUCUGGAAGUGUUUCCCCCAAAGGCGGGCCUCCCAGUUCUGCUCCUCCUCGACGCCCUGCUCUGCCUCCCUCCUACCGAGCUCCAUACUCUCACUCUUCCUCAUCCUCAUCACGGCCUCUUCCCAGUGCGCCUCGUGCGUUGCGCACUGCAGGUCUGUCAAAUCAUCAUACAUCUACGUAUUCACCGCCGUCUCGUUCGUCGUACUCUUCUUCAUCUCAUUCUGUGUUGCCUCGUGGGCCUUCUGCUGACCGAGACCGAGAUCGAGACUGGGAUCGAGAUCGGUUGUUUGGGAGGGGAAGGGGACGAGGGUCACAAGGAUGGUCUAGGUGACGAUUUCUUUUUCGGGAUUGGGAUUGGGAUUCAUCUCGUUCAUUCUUCUGUGUGUCAGUUUUGUGUGCUGCUCGUAUACUUAUUAUUAUUGCUUAGAUAGUUUCUUCUUUCUCGUGCGUUUUUUCUGUUUUACUGAUUUUUGUUUCUUUUGCUGUCAAGCUCUCUCCGAGUCUCUCUCUUGUGUACUUCGCCUUUUCCUACUGGUCAUUUUUGUGUCCUCCCGAGUAAUUUUCUCUUUCCUUUGUAUGCGGUAUGUCCUAUGAUGUCAUGAUUAUGGAUUAAUGCUAGUAUGUGUAACACAACUUCGCCAGGUAUUUCCACUAUACCUGGUGCUUGGAAAUGUAAUCUUGGUGAUUGAAUAUGUGG